AGACAAAUAUUUAUGUCUCAUUUCUUAUUUGAAAAUAGUGUCAUCUUUCUCAAGUAGCUGGUAGGAGGUGGACCUGGAAGGGCCGAUUAUCUUGUUUUGAGUUUAAAUGGAAAGCUUGGGUUUCAAUGUUGAAGAAGGCGAAGUCCAUAAAUGGAAUUAACUCGCCCAACUCGUAACGCCAAUUUCAAAUUUCACUUUUUUUCCUCCCAAUUUCAAAACGUAGAGGAUUCCUUUGAUUCCUCCGCCAAAUUAUCCUCUUCCUCCGGCUAAUUCUGGUUUUAGGCCGUUAAUGCGCUGAGGAUUACCACGGAUGGCGACUUCUGCUUUCAAAUCGACGACCAAUAGAGCUCCCAUCGGCGGCGUCUCCGGCGAGGUCUCCUCCUCCUCCUCAUCCACCAGCUCAUAUUCCGGUAAUCGAGCUAAUCGCCGGUCGAGGAGUCUCAGUCGGUUCUCGCGGAGGCUUCCGUUCGGUGAAGAGCCACCAGAGGCUGCUGCCAGCUCAGGUUUUGAGCCCACUCCUAGGAGAAAAUUCGUGAACACUGUCCGAGGCUCCGGCUCCGGCUCGGUGUUUCCGGAGAUCAGUCUCGAUGAUCUCGCGCAGGAGUUUUUCUCCAGGAGGGAUGAGGAGAUUGACAGCAGUGAUCCGGACCGCGCUCGCUCGGCCAGGCGCGGCUCGGACAUUGGUCGUUGGGCGAGCGAAACGGCGUCGUCACAAAGGCGUGGGAGGUCAGUGUCCAGGCAAAGCUCUUGGAAUAGUGGAGAUAGGAAGAGCAUUGUUUCUGAUCGUUCACGGGUUAGUAAUGGUCUUCCAGAGAAGGCGGAGAGCAAUUCCAGGAGGCGGCGAUCUGUUUCGUCAGUUAGGUAUCAGAUUAGCGACUCUGAGAGUGAUGCUGACCAUUCUCGCAAACAAGGAACCCUGGGUACCACCAAGAGUCUCGGCAAUACAAACAAUGGGAUUCCUUCAUAUAAGCCAACAUCUGCGAAUGGUCCACGAUCAAGAAGGCCAAUAAACCAAAAAGACCCUUCACGUUUACAUGAUGGAUACUCUAGUCACUCUUCUGCCCUAACAGAUGAUGAAUUAAACGACCAUUCUGGUAGAAUUCUGAACGAGAAAAUCAUUCAUGCUGUUUAUUCCCAGAAACAGGCUGAACACCCUACUCAAGAUGACAUAAAUAGUGGGUUAUAUGAAGCAAUGAAGAAAGGACUUAGAUAUGCUGUUGAAGAAUUCAAAGUUGAACUUGAACAAGGCUUGACAAGGAAGAGUGGCAACCACUCUCAGCUGGAUUCUGCCAUUAGAAGCACUUAUGUUGCAAGGUUGGAAGAGUCUGAAAAGCAAAACCAAGACAUUCUAGCCGAAAUGCUGGAUGAUCAAAAGGGUAGGGAGCUUUCUAGGAUCAUCGCAAAAAAUUCUGCUGCUGAGAUGAAGUCAUCACGAACUAAGAACGGCAGGAAGGUGUGUCUUCAGGCUAUUACUUAGAUUGCAGAUUGUUGUGUUGCUGUUAAAUUG